UUCUAUUGGCUCUGCUUCUCCUAACGUGUCAUAAACAGUGAAAUCCGGAUGGUGACAGUGGUUUUUAAUUCGUGUCUUUAAUUUAAGGCUAUAAUGAAGCCUUAAAACUUGGAAAGCUUUGUUGAAAGGUGAAGUAACAAUGGAGAAUAUUCAGAAUCUUCCCAUCGACAUUCAGACCAGCAAGCUUUUAGACUGGCUGCUGGAUCGACGUCACUGUAACCUGAAAUGGCAGACUGCAAUAAAAGCAAUCAGAGAGAAGAUCAACGCUGCCAUCCAGGACAUGCCAGAAAACGAGGAGAUCAAGCAGCUUCUCUCCGGCUCCUACAUCCACUACUUUCACUGCCGGAGAAUAGUGGAGAUACUGAAGGGAACCGAGGCUUCCUCUAAGAACAUCUUUGGCAGAUAUUCAUCUCAGAGGAUGAAGGACUGGCAGGAGAUUGUGUCCCUUUAUGAAGCAGAUAACGUCUAUUUGGCGGAAGUGGCCAGCCUGCUGAGUCGGAAUGUGAGCUACGAAGGCCCGGCUCUGAGGAAGCAGCUGGCCAAAGCCCAGCAGCUGCAGCAGGAGCUGAGCAGGCGGGAAGUGGAGUGCCAGAGUUCAGCUGCAGACCUGAGGGAGCGCUACUACGCUGCCUGCAAGCAGUACGGCAUCACAGGUGAAAAUGUGCCUCGAGAGCUUCAGGCUCUGGUCAAAGACUUACCAGCGGUUCUUGACAAAGUGGGGAAGGAUGCAGUGAAGUUAGAAGAGCAAAUCCAACUUUAUGCUGCUUUUACAAACUUUGUAUGCGACUGGUCUGAACCCAUCCUGCCCAUGCUGACAUUUGCUCAGAAGAAAGGGAACACGACGUUUUAUGAGUGGAGAACAGGGAAAGUCCCCACUGUUGUUGAAAGGCCAGUUGUGGAGGAAGCACCUCCUGAUGCAGCCGCAGAUGACACGAUUGACUGGGGCGACUUUGGCAAAGGAGCAGAUACUCUGAAUUCGGGCAUCGCAGUUGAGGAUGGAAUCGACUGGGGUAUCAGUCUGGAGCCGAACACUGAGGACCCUGCUGGAGGCGGCAUCGACUGGGGCGACAGUGAACCAGCGCCCGUUGAAAUUGAAAUCGUAGAUGCGGGCACAGACUGUCCUGAUGGCGUGGCGAGGGGCGAGGACGCUCUAAGUGUUCUGGAAACCUCUCAGUCACGAAGCCAGUUCAUCGACGAGCUAAUGGAGUUGGAGGUGUUUCUAACGCAGCGCAUCAGUGAGAUGGGAGAGGAGGGAGACAUCGUCGCUAUGAGCCAGUUCCAGCUCGCCCCCUCCGUCAUCCAGUCCCAAACCCGCCAACAUGUCCAGGAGAAGCUGUCACAGGUCCAGGACCUUCUGGGCCGACUCACCUCUCUGAGGAUGCAGCAUCUGUUCAUGAUCCAGGCCUCUCCACGGUAUGUUGAACGUGUCUCGGAGGUGCUGAGACAGAAGCUGAAGCAGGCAGACAUCCUGGUGCUGAAAGGUGCCACGAUGGCUGAGAAGAGGCAGGAAGCCCUGGAGGAGCAGUCCAGGCUGGAGCCUCGUGUUGACCUGCUGGCAGGAUGCACCCGGGAACUCCAGAAACUGAUCGAAGCAGACAUUUCAAAGCGAUACCACAACAGGCCGGUCAACCUGAUGGGGGUUAAUAUUUAGUGAACCUCACAGACAUUCACUAAAAAUAGUUUGUCACGUUCUUCAAGGAGAAAUAAAAAGUGGUGUUUAAUAGAAA